AGCAACUGAAGUGUGGACGCCUUUGGUAAAUCAACAGAUUAAGUGCAGUCGUGAGAAGAGGAAGAUGAUACAGUGACUGCUUGGCGCUAAGCUUGCUGUUCUGUGGAAUUUCAAUACAUUGAGAUGAUGCGGUCAUACCGUCCAUAUGUCACUGUCCGAGUCCUCCCUCACCAUCACAAUAACAAGACUUUUGACUCAUUAGAUCACGUUCUGUCUGAUGGGUAUUUUAGUGUUGCUUCAAGUGCAAUAUCCAUUGGCUCACACUUAGGAGAUUUGCAGGUUUAUUGGAAUGUAUCUCUUGUAUUAUCCACAAAUUGUAAUGGUCAAUGAUUAUGAUAUAUCCUCCGGUCAGCCGUAAAUUCGAGCUUUCACGUCACUUUGCAGUAAAACCGAAAGUGUACGUACCGUAGUGCGCUUUAGUAUUCAUAUCUAUCUAUCCUGGCUAUAGAUUGCGUUACAUAUCAAGAUCUGUUGUCUUUGUUUGUGAUAUUGAAUGCCUGUUCAGGUUUAUUAAGGUUGAGGCUGAAUCGAAGCCAUAAUAUAUGUGUACAAUCAGGUUAGGUAUUAUGCACACUGCUUGCAAGGUCAGAGUGAUUACAAGCAUUUAUUUUCUAUAUAUUAGUUUCAAACCUCAAACCUGACGUGGAGAUGUUUAGCACGAGAGAGAGAGGACACGUUUCAGUUAGACGCGCUCGGAUGGAGCCCCAUUUAAUCCUUUCCCACAAUGCACCGUGUACCAUGCACAGUUGUGCUUCCUGUUUUCCUCGUAAAGGCUUUUGUUUACCCCUUUAACGCUUUUGUUAAGUUGUUUUCCUUUCACUGUCGAUGAUUUGGACAAAUUGUUUUGGUUCUAGUUCUUAUACAUCAGAGUGGAAUUUGAGGUGUAAAUUAAGUCUGGGAUAGUCAACACUACCCAGUGAGAUUCCAACCAGAAGGGCCGUGAAGAUCAGGCCUAAUGGAAGAGAUAGAGACCGAGCUGACCUGCUCCGAGCAGGAUGUUUUAGGAGCAGACUUCAUCACAGUGGAACUUGACACCCAACCCAUCGAAUACGUGGUGAAGUGGGGCGAGCAAGGCUCGAAAUUCACUAUAUCCUGUGUGAAAAAAGAUUUGGAAGAUGGUACCUGCUUCACUUCCGAUCAGAUGGUCAAACUGGAUCCGGACGAGACGUUCUUCGUCCCUUACGAGUCUGUGUUCCCGGAAUGCGACGACGGAGAUCCAGAUUUGAUCGCGACGCACGUGGAAGAGGUGGUGAGUGAGCCAGACUUGGAUGACGGCACGGAGCCGGGGAUUAGCCCACAGUGCCACGACGAGCAGCUUUCUGAUACAUCCUGGCUGAAGGAGGCGUCUCAAUCCAGAACCUAUAACUGCCACAUCUGCGGAAAAACCUACAGCCAUUCGUCCAGUCUUGCACGCCAUCUGCACGUACACUCAGAUAGGACGUCCCCGUCCUCUAAAGAGUUCGGCAAAUUAGGGGAUAGCAAAAAAUCUCUCCUGUGCAACAUGUGCGGGGUGAGGUGCAACGGUAAGCGGCUUUUGGCGAUACACAAGAAAUGCCACAAAACCAAGAGACUGCACACAUGCAACAUAUGUGGCAAGACAUUCAAUCACAGCUCUAGUUUGUCACGGCAUAGGCUGAUCCAUAAAAAAGGCCUGGAUAAAACCGUCAGGCCAUUGUACCCGGACACCCCCCCAACUCCGAUCAUGGCCCAACACACUUUCUCAUCCAGGCACGGCACGAACAGAAGAUCGACCCCCUCAGGACAAAGACAGAAGCAGUACCAGUGCCCGCAGUGCGACAGGGUCUUCAGCCACUCCGCCAGCCUCUCCAAGCACCAGGUGGCACACGUGCGACAGCUGCUCAACACGUACACGCAGGGCAAAGAUGAGCUCAACAAAUCCUCGGACCUGAAGAUCCGCCUGAAGCUGUGUUCUCGCGACAAGCCCAACUACUACACCCUGUGCAAGAAGAACAAGCGCAAAAAGGGCAGCAAGAAGAGACUGUGCCUCCCUAACGAAGAGCGACCAUACUCCUGCUGCAUGUGCGAGAAGCGCUUCAGCCACACAACCAGCCUUUCCCGCCACGAGCACAUGCACGCAAACGAAAAGCGCUACACCUGCAAUGUCUGCAAGAAGACCUUCAUUCGGCUGUCCAACCUGAAGCAGCACCAGCAAACGCACGCUUCGGGGAAGCUCUACCAGUGCCCGGAGUGUGGGAAGACUUUCGUUCACUCCUCCAGCUUCUCCAGGCAUAAGAAGGUACACAUGGGGAUCAAGCUGUCGCCGAAACAUUGCGAAGAGGAACUGGUCAUUGAUGAGUCGGCCCCGUUGGAUUUUGAGUCUGAGUGAGAUAGACAGAGACGUGGAACUGUGGCACAGCAGACUCAGGGCUUCUGGACCUUUCUUGACAUUUUGUGAUAGUUUGUCAAGGGCGAGCUGAUGAGGAAAAUCAUUAUUGAUGUGUGUUUGAUGGUUUUGCUUUACCCCUUUUUGCGAAGAAUCUCUGUGUGGUGUGUUCUCAAGAGUUCUAUCUGAUAUUCUUGUAAUAUUUCGACCGUUCUGGCUAGAGGGUGGAGUGACCGCCUUUGUUCAUGUAAAAUAUGUGUUUGUUUGUUUUUUUGACAUUCCCUUUUCUGUUCCAUUCACUUUAAUUGCCGGGUUAUUGUUUGCCAGCCAGUCUGUGUUAUUUAUUUCUCUAUUUGUGGGAAGUCACGAAGAAUCAGCUGACGUUGGCAAUACACAUUAUUUAUUUUCUGUACGUGCACUGACCUGUAAAAAAAAGGACUUACUUGGGGGGGAUGGCUGUUCAAAGGGGAGAAUGUGGGUUGUCAAGGACAAAGAUAAUGUUGAAUUGAUCUUGAUAGUAGAGUAAUAGUACAUUUUAUAUGCAAUUUACUUGACCCGCGUUCCAUUAAGUGUGCAAUCUGAAUCAGUUAUUUCCCAAUAUUUAGAGACUUUUUAUCUUAGAUCAACAGAUGCUUUUUUCACCUGAAAACACCGGUCCAAUAGUUGUUUGAGUGCAGUUUGAUCAACUCAAAGUUGAAGCGAUUUGAUCAUUUAUGGUUUGUCUGGAACUGAUGGAUAGGAUUGUGUGAUUCAGACACAUUGUUCCUGGUACUGUUCAUUUGUCAAAAUAUGAAAUUCAUAUCAAUGAAGGUUAUUUAUGAUGAUACAGUGGAUGCUUGCAAGAUAUUAAUGUGUACAGAUUUAAAAUAUUGUACAUUUCAGUGUGAACUUGAAGAAUAUGAGGAUAUACUCACAAAAUGUGUGCUUUUUACUUCUGUAAAUGUGUAAAAAGAUGCCGUUGCAAAACAAAGAGGUUCUAUCUGAAUUAUUUUUCUGUAUAAUUCUAAGUUAUGGAAUAGCCAAGGGAUUUCAUAUUUUAACAAGCAUUGCACUAUUGUAUUUAUUUAUAGACAAAAGCACUUCACAUUUAGUGAAUUGGAACGUUAGUCCUCAACACUGGAGGAAACCUCGAAACUUGGAAAUAUCUUCCACACAUUCUGAAAAAAUUAUCAAGUGCCCUCAGCUGCUUAGUGUCAGACCAAAGCUUUUCGAUGCACACAUGCACCACUUCAGUUCAUUAAACAGCAUUCAGUCAGUCUUUUGUUCAGUGUUCGUACAGGCCUGGACCUUUUCUUAACAUUUACUGUUGGAAUUGAAAUUGAAUAGCAAUUUAUGGUGUUUAUGAGACUUUGGAGGAAGGUUGCACAAGUGAAGCAUAGAUUACACUGUGACAUCCAGAAUGAUGUUUGGUAUUAAAAAGGAAAAGCGACAUUUAAUUAGAAAUGUUUCCUUUGCUCUUGAAGGGUAAAAGUAUGUUCCCCGAUUUUAUGGAUCUUUUAUUCCCAUUGUUCUCUUCAUUCUUUCCUAUGAUAAAAAGGAUUCCUCACCGAUCCACAAUCCUUGUCAUUUAACAUUGUUUUUGGUUGCUGUAGCUGUUUCAAUGCAGCAUACCUUUAUUCACUAGAUAUGUAUGUUUGUGUUGUGUUUGCCAUUUGAUUACAUCUUAUUUGUCUUGCAUUUUUGUAAUAAAUCAUUGAUUUGAGAAUCA